GGAUGACGCGUACACCGGCGGUAGCAUUAGUGGGUAUCUCGUCGUAGUUGACUCUACAAGGGCAGCUUACCAUCAACUCGGUUGCCGACACUCUUGCCCAGGAACAGUAACGAUUCGCAUGUUAUUGGGUUUAAACACAGUAUAACUAUCACCGCAACAGACAGUUGUCGACUAACAUGGCGCAGCGGCAAGCGGCGCAGGGCAUCGCGGGCGUCGCUGCGGCCCUACGGACCAUAGCUCAGCAAACGGGCACCUGGGGCGCAAGACCACUGGGGUCUCUCAUCACCUCCCAGCCAAGCACCAGCUUUGCAGCGGCGUUUCAAUGCGAGCAAGUCAGCCCCUGCCGCGGCAUGGCCCGCGGCUCCCCCUUCACCGGCUUCAACCCGGGGUCCUGGUUCGACUACCGCAAGAUCGUCUACCCGGACGUGUAUGACGCCAAUGAGUCGCUGUUGUGCGACCGUUACAAGACCCAUGGGACGGUGGUGGAGCGCUUCCAGCCGCCGCAGCCGUACACCAAUUGGAACCCGCUGCUGGACCCGGAACUGGAGCGGCGGGUCAAGUACUGGCACACGUGGUUCUGGACCAGCCUGGUGUGCUACCGCUCGCUGUGGGCCUACCGCAAGCCGCAGCUGCAGCAGCGCAUGCUGGACGCCUACAAGAACGUCAACGCGGCGCUGGCAACCGGGGACCUCAGCCUGGCGGAGCCGUACGUCUCAGAGCCCAUGUUGCAGCGCCUGGGCGGCGAGAUCGCUCGCCGCGGCCGCUCCACGCGUGUGGAGUGGCGGCUGGUGGGUGAGCCCGACCCCAAGGACAUCACCUUUGUGCACGGCGCCGUGGUGGGCAACCCCAUGAAGCAGGGCCGGCUGAGCUUCGUGCAGUGGACGGCGCGCAUCCCCUCCAAGCAGGUGGUGGCGGUGUACGAUGCGCGCGGGAGGCUGCUGGCAGGCGACCCCAACAAGGAGCUGGAUGUGGUGGACUACUGGGUGUUCGAGCGGCCCAUCCUGAAGGCCUGGGUCAUCCCGCGACCGGGGCCGCAGGGGGCGACAUGGCGACUGGUGGACCGGCUGCAAGUGUGAUGGGUGGAGAUGUGAGGUGGUGUAAUGGGUAGAGGUGUGUGGUGGAGGCAGAGGUGUGAUGAGCCGCAAAGCACACGCAUGGCAGCAUAUGCAGGGGGAACAGGGGAGCAGAG